ACCGCCUCUGCCAUAUUUCGCCAUUUCAUUGUCUUACCGGUUACGACUCAGGCGACCGUCUGUUCACCUCCUUUGGUUGGUAUUCGAGAAUGCCUCUGGGUAUUGAAGUCACAAGGCAUCUUUAUGGGCACAUCGAAGUUUGAUGAGCCCCUUCUGGAAUGGCGGAAAACUUUUACUAAAACCCUUUACUUUCAGAUGCUUCCCUCGGAGACAACCUGGCUAGUGACUUGCUCAUUUUAA